AUGGCGGACGCAGCCGUGAAGAAAGAAGAGCAGGAGCCUGCCAAACCCCCAACCACUACCACUGCCCCUCCACCCGAGGUAGCGUCAGAUCCCGAAGAAGAUGACCUCUCCGACCUUGACGAUGUGCUCGAUGAGUUCGCCAACACCAAGCUAGACGCCAAAGCUCCUACCGCCUCGUCGAUAGAAGCAGCAUACCCCAAGUCCAGCAAUGCGCCGUCAUCCUCCGGGCCCGGAAGGCCACCCUCGGACAUCUCUCCUGCCGAACUCAUGAUGGAAGACCCAGAUGCGUUUCAGGAACAGUUGACGAAAGAAAUGGAACAGCUGCUCGGUCAAGGCGACUUCCAGAAACAGUUCGAGGAUAUCAUGAAGGAGAUGAGUGAGGAGAUGGGUGGCGCGAACCCACUGGCAGAUCCCGGACAUUUGCAUGCGCAUGCGCAAACUGAUGAAAGUGCAAGUGAAACCAAGGAGAAGGCGGCACCCAGUCAGUCCGAAAAGGAAACCGCUGCCAAGGCGGAGAAGAGCUUCCAGGAAACUAUCAAGAAGACGAUGGAGCGCAUCCAGUCUUCCUCCGAUACCGCAACCUCCGCAGCCGCAUCCUCGUCCCAAGACGACAUCCUUGCGCAGAUGCUCGCAUCCAUGGAAUCUGGUGGCUUCGGUGGCGCGGGCGAGGGCGGCGACGAAGACUUCAGUAAAGUGCUCAUGAGCAUGAUGGAGCAGCUUACCAACAAGGACAUCCUCUACGAGCCCAUGAAGGAGCUGGACGACAAAUUCCCAGCGUGGAUGGAGAAGAACAAGGAUAAGACGGAGAAGGACGACCUGAAGAGGUACGAGGAGCAGCAGACUUUGGUUAGGGAGAUUGUAGGGAGAUUUGAAAGGAAAGGGUACAGUGACGACAACGCGCAGGACAGGGAGUACAUUGUCGAGAGGAUGCAGAAGAUGCAAGCAGCUGGCUCUCCCCCACCCGACCUUGUCGGCGAUAUGAACGCUGCGCAGGAGGCGCUUCAGGAUAUGGACCAGGGCUGCCCGACUCAGUAA